AUGGUACAACAAUCGCUAAUAUACAACUUUGUAGCGCGUGGCACGGUGAUCCUGGCAGAGCAUACCGACUUCAUCGGAAACUUCCCGGAAAUAGCACUGCAGUGCCUGCAGAGACUCCCAACAACCAACACAAAAUUCACUUACAACACAGAUGGUCAUACCUUCAACUACCUCACCCAUGAUGGAUUCACUUAUUGCCUUGUGGCAGUGGAGUCUUUUGAUCGCCAUAUUGCAAUGGCCUUUCUUGAUCGCAUCAAGGAGGACUUUACCAAAAGAUAUAGUGGAGGAAAAGCUGCAACAGCAAUAGCUAAAAGCUUAAACAAAGAAUUUGGACCUAAAUUAAAGGAGCAUAUGCAAUAUUGUGUGGAGCAUCCAGAAGAGGUUAGCAAACUUGUCAAAGUAAAAGCUCAGGUUUCUGAAGUCCAAGAAGUUAUGAUGCAAAAUAUUGAUCAGAUUCUUAAUCGUCAAGUGAAGAUUGAUGUUUUGAUGGACAAAACUGAAAAGCUUCACAAUCAGGCACAAGAUUUCAGGGGGCAGACAGGCAAAUUAAAGAGAAAGAUGUGGUUUCAGAACAUGAAGAUAAAACUAAUAGUUCUUGCCAUCAUAGUUGUCAUCAUUCUUAUAGUUGUUCUUGUUGUUACAUAA